UCACCAUAAAUGAACAAUAAACCCAUGCUAUAUCCAUGUUCUUGGCAAUAAGCCUUUGGAAAUGUCGCUUUAUUGAAACAUCUGAAACAACACUUCGAAAUGUCUGACUAUACAAUAGGGCCUGCCCUGCCGCCUAUGUUUCAGGAGACCAAGGAGUAUGAUUCUGACGAAGAGCCUCCCAUAGGUCCAGCUUUGCCGCCAGUAUACAGGGCAGAUGAUUCGUCGAGCUCCUCAGACGAUGCUGACACAUUCAGGAGGGGGAAAGGCAACACGUCAAAACACGAAGCAGCAGAGCCUUCAUCCAGUAAGAAACCUAAAGUGUGCACGGAUGAUGAUGACUUCUUUGGCCCCGCUUUACCUCCAGGCUACAGGAAGCAGCAAGUCUCCCCUGAAAGGCCACCUGUGCUGGGACCCGCUCUGCCUCCGGGCUUUCGUAGGAUGAGCGACGAUGAGGAGGCUGACGAUGACGAGGAAGGGGAGGUAGGUCCGGCCUUGCCCCCAGGGUACACAGCCGAGUCAUCAGGGAGCGAGAGGGAUGGAGACGAGGAGGACGUGGUUGGCCCCAUGCCUUUUACAGGGGACAGGUCGUCCCACGGUUCGGUGGCCGAGGACUUUGAGAGGCGAGCUCGCAAGAUGAAAGACAAGCUGACUGGCGCUGAUGAAGGCCCAGAGGAGGUGAAAAGAGAAACAUGGAUGACUGAGCUGCCACCGGAGCUGCAGCACAUAGGACUCGGAGCCCGCACCUUCAAGAAGAAGAUGGGCCCCGAGAACAAAGACCGCUCCAUUUGGACCGACACCCCCGCUGACCGGGAGCGCAAGCUCAGGGAACGACUGGAAGGGAAGAAAAGUGACGAGUCGAAGAAGGAGGAGGCUCCUCGCAUGUCUAAGAAAGACCUUGACAUGGCAGAGAAAGUAAACAAGUACAAUGAAUCCAAACGCGGGGACUCCCUCUAUAACAUGCACGCAAAGAAGUUAAAGAGGAAAGCAGAGGAGGAGGCUGACAAGCCGGUAGAGAGGAGGCCCUUCGACCGAGACCAAGACUUACAGGCCAACCGCUUCGAUGACGCCCAGAAGAAGCAACUGCUGAAGAAGUCAGCUGAGCUCAACACGCGAUUCUCUCACAGCAAAGAUCGCAUGUUCCUUUAGCGUGUGCUCAGCAGUACUUUAUUUCCGUAAUACUUAUAUGCUGCUCAUACACAAAUGUUGUCAGUCAUAGACAUCCUUGGCUGCAAAGACUACUCUAGUCAGAUCAGAUUAGAUAAUUUACUUACUUUUAAUUUGUGAAUUGGCAGCAUAACAUUUUGGAAAUAAACUACUAAAAUUACACACAUGAGCAAUUAUUUCUGAGCUAUCCAGUGUAUAUUUCCCUAAGCUACAGUUAGAGAUGGAGUGUACGAUCUCUUGUAUUCUCUGCUAUAGUGGUUGACCAUAUGUUAGCUACUUGGUUGCAAUGCAGUUACCCAUUGAAAAAGUAACUAGAUUGCACUUGCUAAGUAGUAACAAUGGAAUUGUUGGGUAGUGCACCUCAGGUCUAUUGUAGAUGAGUAGUACAUAAAUGUAUGUAUGCUGGCUUAACACAUUCACCAUGUGCAGAGGUGGUAAGUGAUAUUCUCAAAGAGAAAAAAAGUGACUCAAGGCGGUGUAUGUGCUUUUCCUUGUGAAAGUGAACAAUUUUUUUUUAAAUUAUAUUUUAUCUUUACCUGGGCUGUAGACGUGUCUUGAGAAAUAAAUGGUGUCAGUGCACUACUCCAGACCCAGUAACUUUCAUUGUGUUUUUUUACUCCUAGUAUGUUGCAUUUUGUAUACAGUAAAGUAAUUACAUUUGCAUUAUUUUUCAUUUGAGUUCUUGUUGCCGCCGGUGUAAUUUUUACCUAGCCAACUCUUCUCUUUUCCCACCUCUCUCAUAAUAAAAGACAACCAUGUGUA